UGUCACAAUUUUACUUCCCCUUGAAACAGGGAGAGCGCUGCCAAAGUUAGAAAGCUUAUACGUGAAAGGCUUCUCUGAGCCUUUGUAUGUUCAUUUUUGAUGAUGACGUUCGGAAUGUCUUUGGAUUGUGUUUUUUAUUAAUUGCUAUAAGUCGCGCUUAACAGCAACAGUAAAGACGUCGUUCUGGAAAUUUCAUUGGAGUGAGGAAACAAUAGAAUACAGUUACGGAGAGUAAUCAGUAAAGCAGAUGCUCCUUGAGCACCAUGAUGUCAGCACAUCUCUGUGUGGUCCUUUUUGUCCUCGGCUCUCUGUGUGAUCUUGCACAGCCUUUAAAUCCACGGGAUCCCAACGUAUGCAGCUUAUGGGAGAGUUUCACCACAUCUGUGAAGGAGUCGUACGCCCACCCAUACGACCAGGUGUCUGAGGAGUCAUGCUCAGAGCCUUGGAAUGCCAACAAGUGCACCAGACACAAGAUAACAUACAAGACAGCCUACAGGCAGGCAGUGAAGACAGAUUACAGACGAAGGUACCAGUGCUGUCCAGGCUUCUACGAGAGCAGAGACAAAUGUGUCCCUCGCUGCACCAGGGAGUGUGUGCACGGCCGCUGCAUGGCCCCGGACCGCUGCCAGUGCGAGGGCGGCUGGCGCGGCGACGACUGCUCCAGCGCUUGCGAUGACCAGCACUGGGGCCCUGGCUGCACCAGGACCUGCAAGUGUGCCAACGAAGGUCAGUGCAGUCCCUCCACAGGCUCCUGCAAGUGUCCGCCAGGCUACACCGGCUCUCAGUGCAAGGUGGCCUGCCCUUCCACAACGUUUGGCCCAGGCUGCAAAGAGUCCUGCAAGUGCGGAACAGGAGGCACCUGCGACAAAGUGACGGGAGAGUGUGUGUGCAACGAAGGUUUCACUGGCACUCUCUGUGAAAAAGCUUGCCCCAAGUCACGCUGUCCUCGGCGAUGUCCUUGUCAAAAUGGCGGUUUCUGUCAGGGUAAUGGCGUCUGCAUCUGCCCCCCAGGAUGGACAGGAGUCGUUUGUACAGAGCGUUGUGCAGAGGGCCGCUAUGGGGCUAACUGUGCCCAUGAGUGUGUGUGUCACAAUGGCGGCCACUGCGAUCCAGAGACUGGCCAGUGUGUGUGUACUGCUGGCUUCACUGGGGAAAGGUGUAAUGAGGAGUGUCCCGUGGGCAGCUACGGUGAGGAGUGUAAAGGUGUGUGUGACUGUGCCAACGGCGCCCGCUGCUACAACAUCCACGGGGGCUGCCUGUGUGAGCCAGGCUUCAGGGGCCCGCACUGCCGGGAGAGGAUGUGUGCUGACGGGGCCUUUGGGAUGCACUGCGAACAGCGCUGUCUCUGCCACUCGCCACAGACUAUCAGCUGUCACCCACUCAAAGGAGAGUGCACGUGUGAGCCAGGCUGGGCUGGGCUCUACUGCAACGAGACUUGUGCACACGGUUACUAUGGCAACGGAUGUCUGGAACCCUGCCUGUGUGUGAAUGGAGGGGUGUGUGACAGUGUGACUGGCCAAUGUCACUGCACACCUGGUUACACUGGGGAGCACUGCGAGAACUACUGUGAGAGUGGCAUGUUUGGAAAGGGCUGCUCCUCUGCCUGCACUUGCACCAACUCCAUUGCCUGCUCCCCCAUAGAUGGCACCUGCUACUGCAAAGAAGGGUGGACUGGAGUGGACUGCUCAAAACCCUGCUCUCCUGGGAUGUGGGGCCCAGGCUGCAACGCCACCUGUCGCUGUGGUAACGGUGCAUCGUGUGACCCAGCGGACGGAUCGUGCACCUGCACGGCGGGCUGGCAGGGCCCCCACUGUGAUCAGCCAUGUCCGAUCGGCACCUUUGGACCAGGAUGUUUGAAGAAAUGCGACUGUCUCCACGACGACGGCUGUCACCCUGUGACUGGGCAGUGCCUGUGUCUCCCUGGCUGGACAGGACCUCGCUGUGCCCAGCCUUGUCCAGACGGGACCUGGGGCUCUCACUGCAACCAGAGCUGCUCCUGCCUGAAUGGCGCCACCUGUCUGUCACACAGUGGUAUCUGCGUGUGUAAAGCUGGAUACUUGGGUCCCCAGUGUCAGCAUGUGUGCAACGCAGGCAUGUAUGGAGAGAGAUGUAGCAGGAAGUGCCCCGCGUGUGUCCACUCCUCGCCCUGUCACCACAUCACAGGCCAAUGUCAGUGUCACGCGGGCUACACAGGGGACCUCUGCAGCCAAGUUUGCCCCAUUGGCUCCUUUGGGGAGCAGUGCAAAGGUGAAUGCCGCUGCGCCAAUAACUCCACAUGCCAUCACCACGAUGGCUCCUGCCACUGUCCUCCUGGACUGACCGGCUCUGACUGCUCUCUACCAUGUCCAGCUGGCUUGUUCGGCCCAAACUGUGCCAAGACCUGCUCCUGUGGCCCACACUUCCUGUGUGACCCCUCCAACGGAGAGUGUGUGUGUGAGCCGGGCUCCGGGGUCGACUGUACUCAAGACCGUUUCGGGAGCACGAUGGUGCCCGUGUCCCCAGUGGAGCGUGACUCGUGGGGGGCCAUUGCAGGGAUCGUGGUGCUGGUCAUCCUGGUGGUGCUCCUGCUGGCGUUGCUUCUACUCUACCGGCAGCGGCAGAAGGACAAACAGAACCACACGCCGACCGUCUCCUUCUCCUCCACGCGCACCGUCAACUCCGAAUACGCCGUGCCAGACAUCCCCCAUAGCUACCACCACUACUACUCCAACCCCAGCUACCACACCCUGACCCAGAACAGGCCACCGCUACCCCACGUGCCCAACAACCAGGACCGCUACAUCAAGAACACCAACAACCAGCUGUUCUGUAGCGUGAAGAACAAGGAGCGGGAGAGGCGAGGUCUCUUUGGGCUGGAGAGCAACGCUACUCUACCUGCUGACUGGAAGCACCAGGAGCCUCCAAAAGACCACGGAGCUUUUGGAAUUGACCGGAGUUACAGCUAUAGUGCCAGCCUUGGGAAAUAUUACAACAAAGAGCUAAAGGACUCAUGUGCUGCCGCGAGCAGCAGCUCUCUGAACAGCGAGAACCCCUAUGCCACCAUCAAAGACCUGCCAGGCCUGCCGCCGUGCCCCCCCGAGUGCAGCUACAUGGAGAUGAAGGCGGCGCUGCCCAUGCCCAGAGAGAGGAGCUACACCGAGAUCAGCCCCCCAAUGCUGGGGCCUGCCGCCGCCUCCGCCGCUGGUGCUGGUGCUGCCUCCACUUCCACACGUAGAGAACGCUGUUCCCUUGGCAACGUCCCUGAGCAGGAGCCUCAGAACCAUUAUGACAUGCCCACCAACAGCCACAUCCCAGGCCAUUACGACCUGCCCCCAGUCCGCCGACCCCCUUCCCCGUCACCACGAAGAGUGCAUUACUGACCCUCCACCCCCACACAGCGCUCCAGCCCACAUAACAGGAACCCAGCGAGAGUGGAGCAAUGCACAAGGACAAUGACAACAAAAUCAGACUGCCCUCAAGUUUCUUAGAAAGUGGCACAACAACGCCACCUACUGGAUCUUCCACUCAUUUUCUUUUUUUCAAGUGACCCAUCCAGGACAACGCUGAGGGAAUGUGACUGAUUGGAUGAUAUUCUUUAUGUUUACAUGUUUUUGAAGCUUGUUUUGUUUGUGUCUUCAGCUUCAAAGUAUCAAGGUUAUAUUGUAAUAUAGCUAAACACUGCCAUUACUUUAUGUAAAUAGUAUCCACCAGAAGUCUAGUGGGAAGGAAAGGGUUUGAUUCACAGCUGAGAUGGAGCCCUUGAUUGGAAAGUCCACCAUUGAUGAAUGUAAUUACCACUUCUUUUGUAUAUAAUGUAAAUAAUAAAGUUGAGCUUUGUAUGCA